AUGCGACUGCAUAACGGGACCCUCUACGGGGCACUCUGUUUCGCACUCUUGUGCACACUCGUUCGCUGCAAGAAUGUCACCAACAGCACGCAGGUCCUCAAGAUCGGCUCGAUGGCCUUCUUCAGUCUCAUCGGCGUAAAUGCUCCACCCCAAUACGCCUACUAUGUGUGGUAUACGUCCCUGGAGGCACAGCUCAUGCAAGCUGGGAUGCAGGCGGCGAUCAAUGUCAUCAACACCAGGGACGACAUCCUCCCUGGCAUCCGUUUGGUCGGCUAUACAGCCAAUACCUACGGCUCGCUUGGAAACACGGCACAGGGCCUCAUGGCUGCACGCGCACUGGUCAACUCGGGCGCCAAUCUACUCAUCGGAGAUUCGAUCGUGGCGGGUGACUCUGUGAAGAUGGAGGCGCUUUGGGCUGGAGUUCAGAAUGUUCCGAUGUGUUCGCCUAUUAUUUCGGACAGCUCGACAUACCCAACUUUCUAUCGCACCAUUCCUCAGGCCGAGCUCAAGGGUCGAGCGAUGGCCGUUUGGCUCUACAACAUGGGCCUCCGUCGAAUCGCCGUGAUGGUUGCAGUUCGGUAUCUCGUUGUCCGUGCAUCAGUCUGCCACGACCCGGUUUCUGAUCCAGUCGGACCAACUUUUCUGCCUGGGUUUCUGGACCAGGCCGGAAUCCUCGGGCUCAAUGUGUAUCCGCAAGUAACGAUUGCAUCACAAGGAGCAACCACAUCGGACUACACAGCUCAGCUGAAAACCGUUAAAAACUCCAACGUCCGGGUGAUCGUCUGCAUGUGCUCUAUCCUCCCCGCCACGGUAUCCUAUCUCUAUGGCAAGAAGUACGGUCUGGACGCACCACAAUACACAUGGUUGACUCAUGAGGGCCUUAUGAACUCGGAUGUCAACACCCUGCUCGAGUCCGUCAACUUUUAUACAAAUUUCAACACAACUUUGGUGCCUCAAGCAGGCGGACCAAUCAAUGGAACCUACGUGCGCGACUACGGGAUCAAUAUGAACUUUUAUGCAUACGGCCCCGAGACUGUGGAUCCAACACGGCCUUCGUUCAUUGAGUACAACAACUCAGUCAGCGCACUUGGAUUUCCCGAAGUGAACCUGCUCCCGGUCGCAGUUCUCACAUACGACUGUGUUAUGACAGCCGCUAAGGCGUUUGAUCGACUUCUCAAAUCUGGCGUCAGCUUCAGCAUCAUAGCAAACAACACGUUGACGUCGAGCCAGCUGUCCACAGAAUCAUUCUUGAACUUGACCUUUAGUGGCGCCUCCGGAGUCCUGGAUUAUGACUCGUUCGGAAACCGUGUUACUGGAACUUUUUCGGUCCACAGCGAGACACUGAAUAUGGGAAACAUAACCGACACGGUCGAAGCUUAUGUCACUGUCGACAACUUCAUGCCUGAAAGCUGCGAGAUCUAUUUUAUGAACACGACGACCUUUGGGACGUCGGUCACGAACACUUCCUCGCCGCUUUUGAAGCUGCCGACAGACUAUCCGCCGUACAACUACCUCAACGUCCAGUGGGGAAGCAGCGGGGCCACUGCCCUCACAACGAUCGCCGUGAUAAUCAUCGUUGCCUGUGCAUCACUGUUCAUAUACGCAGUCUUCCUCACCGUGACAAGCAGCGAGACAAUGAAGUAUUUCAAUUUGCUCUAUCUGUUCUUUGCGAACGCCUACAUUAUCUUGUGUAUGAUCUGCGUGAUUACCGAGAUUGGCGUGCCGACAAGGAGGAACUGCAUCGUUGAGUAUUACUUCUGGGUCAAUCUCAUGAUGUCCUUCGUGCAUGGGUGUCUUCUCUCGAGGACUAUACGAUAUCUGCAAACGUCGAAGUCACAUACUCUCAAAGAAACCAAGCUUCCAACACUCCUGCCCGUAUUUAUUUGCUCGGCGACGUUUAUAAUGGAUGUGCUUAUUUCGGUUGGAAGAGAAAUGACUGGCAGUAUGGUCCCGUAUGCGCUGCACAUCUACCAGACCGAGUUCGACAUCUACGUGACUUGUGCGGGAACGGACCCGACGACAGAAAUGAUGGUGUCGCUGCUCUACUUGGUCUUCAAUCUUGCCUGGCUUAUUUUGGCCAGUGUCCUCGCCUUCCAGACCCGCAAUGCCAAAUGUUAUGCAUACGAUACAAAGUUUGUCCUGGUGUCUGCCGUGAAUCUGACGGUGGUCUACCUGCUGCUGUCGAUAUUCAUGAUGAUGCUACCGGGCAUUUCUUUGUUCUUCGUCUACUACUUCCUCAUGGCCAUCGCAGCCAUGCCGCUCUUGAUCCCAUUUGUCAUGGUUUCGCUCCUGAGAGUCGAUCCCAGCAUUGGAGUCAAAGCCGCUGAUUCCAAGGCUGGAGUAAUGAGCACCACCACAGCCCUCAAAACCGGAACUCGGGGUAACGGAAGUGCUCGCAAGUACAAAGACGAGCUGUUGCGCCCUGUGGCUUGCCUGCCCUCGGUGACGCUAUACAAGCAGACCAUCAGUGGCGGCCGCACCGAAGUUCUCGUCAACUGCCACCUCUACGUCGUUGACAACAAUACCUUGGUGUUUACGCACACGAGUCCUCCUGAUGCGAGGAGCUCAUCGGCCGACAUCCGACUCAAAAACAGCCAGGUGUUUGAUGUGUCGCGCUCCUCUGUGACCGCCGAUCUGCAGGUCACCUCGAUUUCGACCGAAUCCACCCGGAAGCUCCACAAGACCAGAAAAGGCUAUGCCAUGUGGAGUCUUGGCACAGGUGCCCAGCGCUACUUGUUUGAGCUGCACGAGGACACUGCCGAGUCCUUGAAGGAUCUCAUCAAGUUCUAAUUGCAAGUACAGACCAUCCAGAGGCUCAUUGUAUUCGAUCACAGCGAGCUUUGUAGUCCUGGACACUGAGACUGCCGUUUGCUAUCUCGGCUCGCCAAUGGACCUGAUCUCACAGCACCCUUAGCUUCACCUCCUUUGGCGCGCUGUUCAACAUGACAAAGUUGACCGAACAUGGCCCCCCAUUUGCUCAAAUAAAAUCGAAAUCGGGUCUCAGUAGCUCAUUGAACAUGCUUGCUGUUUCGAUG